UCUGAUGACGAAACACACAUCGGAAGUAGAAACUGGCUAGAAAGAAAUUCCACAAAUAAUUUCAUUCAUUCCAUUUCGGCAAUUCUGGAUUUCCUUUGAAACUCCAGAGGUUUUGCAGGUUUAGCAAAUAAUGGCCAAUUCAGUCGAGGAAGAAAGUAUAGAAAAGUUUAAACAAUGGUUAUUCCUCUAUAGAGAUGAUGGUGCCUACAAAGUGGUCUCCAAAACAUUUAGUCGAGAAAAGGCAUUGUGUGUGACCCAGCUAUUGGCAGAUGGACAUGGGAAAGAGGUUUUAUCCCUGUUAGAAAGUUGCAGCUCAUCCCCAGCCUUAAUAGACAGGGAACCAUUGUUAUUUGCAUAUGCUCUCUGCUGUAAAUCCACAGACAAAAACACAAAGAAACAAGCAGAACAGAUAUGUGAUAAAAUUUGUAAAACUCCUUGUGACUUGUUUCAGUUGUUCAAAUUUCAUAAAACUCUGUCCACAACAAAGAGCUGGGGAAGAUACUUCAAGAGAUUGAUUAGCACCUGGUACCACAACCAAGAUCCAUAUCAACUGGCCCGCAAUGUCAGCAAAGAGGUUAGCUUCUUGGGAUGGUCACAUAGGGAUGCUCUUCGAAUGGGACACCUCAAGCCCAAGACAGAUGAAAUGGACCUCAUCUUUAAGUAUCUAGUCCUAGGCCUGGCCGAGACCAAGAAGUCGUUUGGGAAGUCUGACAAGGAGAGCGUUCGGAAACUCCUGGAAUUUCUCUCAGCUGUAGACAUUGCCAAACACAAGGAGGACAUUCCACAAGUCGCGAAGCUUGUAGAACUCCAUCAUCUGAAAAAGGACCAUCUACGGACAGUUUUACUGAAGGAAAAGGAGAUAUGGACAGCUCUGUUGAAAGAGAUGACAGUACAAGAAAUACUGGAAAAUAUUGGACAGCUGGCAAAUAUAGGAUAUCUAGACGAGGCCUGUGACGGGAGCCAGACAGUGGUGGACAAGCUUAUGAAUGAAUCCUUACUAAAAGAACAAAACAUCCAGCCAUUUGAUGUUAUUAUUGCUUCCAACUACUACAAAGAGGGAAGGAAAAAGGGUGCUACGUGGCAACACAAUAGCAAAGUAAUCAAAGCAUUGGAUUCUGCACUUGACUACACUUUGAAGAACAACCUAAAGUCCACAGGUAAACGUUGUGUUGUUGCAAUACGAGUUGGAAUCAACAGAAACAAGUCCACAGUGCGAGGCACGAUGACUCUGUCCACAACUGCUGCAGCUGCUGGGGUUGCCAUGGUGAUCACUAGGGGCGAGGAGAAAUCUGACGUUGUCUUCUUCACAGACACUGUCACCCCACUGACUGUUACCAAGGAAACCAAAUUAACUGACAUGAAAAAUGAAAUUAAAGAGCAAGUCAAGAAAGCUAACGAGAAAGAGGAGGAUGAUCCAGAACCAGAGUUUGGUAGUGAUGGCGAGGAACUGGAUAUCUUUGUAGGGGCGCCCCCAGAACCAUGUGACCUGGUUGCUCCAAUCCAGUGGGCCACCAGCCAGAAGAAAGAUGUGGAUGUCUUCAUUCUAGUGACUGAUGCCAACAAAAGCACUGGCUCCCAGAAUUUAGGGGAAGCUAUUGCACAGUACAGAAAGGAAAGAAAUCUACCGAAUACGAAGCUGGUAACUAUUGGUUUAACAAAUUCCAACAUGAAGUUUGCCAAUCUGGGAGACCAAAACAUGCUGGAUGUAUCAGGGUUUGAUGCCAAAGUCCCAAAAGUGAUUCAAACUUUCUUGUCAGAAGCCUACUGAAAUGUGUUCUGUUGACAGACUCCCUGUAGAUGACUGUGUCCUCAUGCUUGUGGUGAAACAUGGACGUAUUACAUUGACCAUGGAUGGCAUAGAUUGUUUUCUGGAUUAGGUAUUGUUUAUUUACCAAGAAUUGGGGUUAUGGUUUGAAGAAUUAAAAAUAAAUGAAGGGAUUAUGGAAAGACUUUGAUUGCUGUAAAUUAGUAGAUUACUUACAGUGCUAUAUGAUGUCAAGCAUAUCUUAAAUCAUCAGACAUGUUGGAAUUGCUUUUAUUUGUGAAACAUUGUGUGACGUUAAAUUUAAUGGGGCUUUUUAAUUCAUUGUCUGUCUUAAUUGGUGUUGUACGCCAAGAGGACAAAGGCCUCUUCCUCUGUUGUGAACAGUUUUUUUUUUGUAAGGGCUAAUAAUAACUGUUUUGUGCAAUAAACAAAGGCUCUGAAGUUCAACAGAAACAGAUAUACAGUAUGUUGUGCUUGCUACUCCCCUGAAACCAAAACUCACUUUUUCUUGCCUUUCUCAUCGAUAUCAUCCUAUAUGUGAUGUAACACUUGCCAAGUUUGAGAUUUUUUGUGGAAAUUUGAAAAAAUAAAGAAUCGCUUAUUAAUUCAGUCCAUAUCUUAUAUUUAUGCUUAAAUUUUUAACAAGGAUUUCUUUUUCAUAUACUUGUAACAGCUAGCCCCAAGCAGUUGAUUUUGGAAAAAUGGUGCUGGGCUUUAGAACAUAUCUUUAAACACUUACAUUGUUUAGAUUUACUGGAAUAUUUUUUUAUAGGGGUAUUUUGGAUAAAAAAAAAAGACUUAGCAUUUAUUGUAUUAAAUGUGUAUAUUCACAUAUUAGUAGAAAGGGUAGAGUUAAAAUGAAGUUAAGUGUAGACAAACUCUGAAUUGGAUUCCCAUGUAGGGAUUAUUUAAUAUAAUUUAGAAUUAUUUAAUGUAAUACCCAUAAGAAAUAUUUAAAAAUAUGUGUGUGAUGCCUUAAUUUACCUCAUUUUAUACUUUUAUAUAUAUUGUAGUGUUGUGGUAUAAUUUAUUGAAAUAAAUCAUGUUACGUACAACCUGUAUGUCUAUACAAUACAUAUAUCAAACAAAAAUGUUAUGGCAACAUACUCUAUACAUAUAACAAACAAAAAUGUUAAAAUGGCAACAAAUAAUUUUACAAGAUUCUUGAAGGUUUUUAAAAAGGGAAAAGUUAAGAGCACUUACAGAUGAAUAGUAUUGUGGCAUGUAUUACAUGUAAUUCCAUUUUCUUUUUGAACAAUAUAUAAUUUAGUCAUUUACAAUAUGUAAACAAAAUGCUUUUAUAAUUUUUUUGAAAUGGAGUUUCAAAGAAAGCACUAUUUUUUGUCUUUUAUAUUUUUUCAGAUACAUGUACUGUAAAUCAUUAAAUUUUCUCUGAAUAACUUGUUUUAGUGAGAU